CUUCCGCUUUGUUGUUCACGUACACAAACGCUCUGGCGAUGACGUGUACACCCGAACAGCGUCAGCUAGUUUAGCUAGCCUAGCUACCUGUCAGAGAGGUAAGGUGAUCCAGCUAAAGAAACCUGUGGAGGAAAGUAUAAUAAUAAUAAAGAGAUUCGGCAUAACAAAGAAGAUGGAGGCGCUUUACCAUCAGACAAACAAGUGAGUGUGACUGUGAUUGAAGAAACAUACUGGUGCAGCUGUUUAAGCUAAUUACCAUCAAACUAACUGUAGCUGUUAUUGUAGCAAACCAUUCAAAACACAUUCAGAUUUUUCCUUAUGUAUAUUCUCAAAUAAGUAUUAAAUAGAGUUAGUUGUGGUUUUAAGAGAUGACCUAACAGUCGGGACCAUAUGUCCUCGAACCCCUCUUAAAGCUGUACUUUGUCCGCUACAGGCAGAUCCAGGAGGUUCACAGUCUUAUGGGGGGUCUGGAGAGGACGGAUCGAGAGUCAAUACACUGUAAGUAGUGAUUUGGACAUUGUUAUUUUAUGUGACUGUCAUAUUCUGCUCUCCUUUUGCUUUGAGUUUGAGUGCACCACCUCUUGUCCAUUUCCAUUAUAUAGGGGGGAGUGGGGUAAGUUGAGCCACCCCCUGUUGCUUGAAAAUGGUAAAAGAAAUUGAUGACAUAUAACCAAAUGUUAAGGAGAUGGGCAUCAAUUCAUGGAGUCUGUGAGGUUAGAAGCACAUGGGUGAAGGAGUUAGACAUUUACUUUCAAAAAAUCAUUUUUCACUCUUGACAAAACAGCUUUUAAGCAGUUAUAUGCAAUAAUAAUAAUAACAAAAAAUAAUUAUUGUACUAGUUGAAAAGCGUAUAAUAGAUAAAAAUACACAUGAAUGUGAAGAAGUGACUGUUAUUUAGGGAGAGAGAAGGGGAAGGGAGGGCUGGGGUGGAGAGUGUGGGAGUAGUAGGGAUGACUCAAUUUACCCCCUUCAUAUGACCAUAGGAGACCACCUUUUUUUUUGGCAUGCUAUAUUAUCAAGACAGUUCUGUUUACACUCAUUCUGUUGGUUUGCAGGGAUGCACAACAUCUUGAAAUAUAUGCAGAUACACUUAAGGAUGGGAAUCGGGAACCGGUUCAAUCAAUCGACAUCGUUUACUUUUCAUUUUAAUGAUUCCCUUGACGAUUCCUUUCUUCUAGUGGCUUUGGAAAACGGUCUUGUGAGAGGCAGUCUAUGCGGACAAGAACAGAGAGUUUGAGGAAAAAAACAUGGCAGAUGGUACGAAAAGUAGGCAGAAACGAUCUAAAGCGUGGCUUCAUUUUACUAAGAAAGACAACAAGGAAUUUUUUAUGGAAGUUUUGAGUUUGUGUAGCGUGGACUACCUGAGUUUGACGCAUGUAAAAAAACACUCGACCCGACCAGAAAAACCCUAAAAAUUUUGCACACAACUCCAAGCUGUGUCCUCUUUUUGGGGAUCCAGAGUAUGGUCACCCUAAUUUGACUUAAUACGGACCAAGUAAAUGCUGUACAAAUAGUUUUUCGUUUGAUUACUUUUAGACUCUCAUCCAAGGUGGCAUACAUCUUUUUCUGUUAUCAAAGACUCAAUAAAAUUUUGAGUCAACAUUGAAAACCUAUAGUCUACUUUUUUUAAAUCAAAGAGAGGCAUUAAUAAGGGAAUCAAAGUUUGAAUUGAUAAGCGAAUCGAUAAUGGCAUGGAUAUCGAUAAAAUCAUAUAAAUUCCCAUCCCUAGAUACACUAGUUAGGGACAAAACUAUGAUUGCCUUGAUGUAGUGAUCUGAAAUAUGAAAAAUGGCUCAUCUUACCCCACUCUCCCCUACUGUAUGAUCUUGAUUUGAGUCUGGGCCCCUUGUUUUGACGGCAGUGAAAUAAAGGAGGGGCUUGGUGUCCCCACGGCUCAUUGUUUUUGAUACUUGGUGCCAGCCCAAUCAGCUGUUGGCCAGAACAGGAAGAAGAGGGUUGGGUGCGCAGUGACAGGAGCAGGGAGGGCUUCUUGUCACAUGCUGGUGGGACCACAGCAGAAGACCCCUUUCAUUAGGGAUUAAUCCUUCCUUGUCUGUUUUUGUAGUCUGUAAUCUUUCUUUUCCCUCCUCACUCUAGUGUUAGAGAACGAGCUGCAGGCCAGAAUCGAUCAGAUCUUCAAUCACCUAGAACGUCUUGAGAUCCUGGCCAACAAAGAACUGCCAAACCGCCGCCAGAAAGCCAAACUGUGAGUAUGGAGUGAUUAAACUGAAGGUGAUAAGACACCCUCAAAGCUGCAGAGGUGCGCAAAAUCAUAUUUAGUUGAGGAAGGGUGUAGAAGAGGACAUAGUACUGUGAAAACAUUUCCUUUAGAAGUCCCACCAUCACAAAAACUCUUAACUGGAGAAACAGCACACUCCAGGUACAGAUAUAUUGUCUAAAACAGCCAGUCACAGUGUAUUAAAUCAUCCUUUGUAUUCCCUUAGACGAGUGGACCAGCUCAAAUAUGACGUCCAACACAUUCGCACAGCCUUACACAACUUCCAGCAGCGACGCUACGCCAGGGAAGCCCAGGAGAGAGAGAGAGAAGAGCUCAUGAGCAGGACCUUCACCACCAAUGUAAGUCUAGUGUAACAUAGUUAUAUUUACAGUGUAACCAACAAAAUGGCCUAAUAAUGAAUUCAAAUAAAUGAUUGUUCUUUUUCAAAAGGAUGCAGAUACCUCCAUCCCCAUAGACGAGACCCUAAGGUUUAACGCCGGCCUGCAAAAUGCACAUUCGCAAGUUGACGACAUCCUGGGCAGUGGAAGGAGCAUCCUGGAUGGUCUCAAAGAUCAGAGAUCAUGGCUGAAGGUGUGCAUGGAAUUGAUUUUAAUAAUAUAUUAGUGGUACGUUCAGUUAUCUGAGAUUUUGAUUGGUUUAUUGUUUUGAAGACAGCCAGCACAGUCCUUAAAUGGUGAUGUUCCAUGACACAUUUUUAAAGUGUCCACAAUAGUCUCAUUGUCAGUGCCUAGUGCACAGCUGGAGGGCUAGUCUGUGUUUCCAGGGUGGAGAAGGUCUUCCUGGUUUUGCUGCAGGCCUCCUCUUAUCAGGGUGUGUCUGUUGCCCGGUUGUCUCGCCGUGAGACAAGUCUGACGGAGUGGCGCGUCAGAAUGGGUGUUGGCACUCCGGAAAUCAGAUAAAUUACUGUUGAUAAUUACGUCGUGAUGAGACAGCUGCAUUUCCCUGAAGCACUAUUUAUGGUUGUUGUGGUCUAAUUCAAAGCUGUGUGUGUUUCAACUGUUCACAGGACGUCCAUAAGAAGAUGCUGAAUGUGGCCAACAUGUUAGGGCUGUCCAACACCGUGAUGAGGCUGAUAGAGAGGCGAGCCACUGAGGAUAAAUUCAUCAUGAUUGGGGGCAUGCUGUUGACCUGCAUCUUCAUGUUCUUAGUGAUCAGAUACCUGGGUUGACCUCCAUCCACUGAAUCCCCAAAGACACUUAAUGAUCAGCCGUGGACAUUUCUUCAUCCCUCAUGAUAUGAAACAAUGGCAGAACGGAUUUCAACAUUUGAUUGAGGAAAUCUUUUGACAAGCUGUGCCAUGACCACUUGCUCUCAACUACUUUUGUUUAUCAUUUUAGGCACCAAAAAAUGGUAUGGUUGAAGACCCGGAUUUAAUACAGUAUUUUGUUUUUCUUUCAAAUAAGUUUGCUGCUCCCCUCAGAUUACUGUUGCACACCUGAGGCCUGAUCUGUUUAUCUAAACCACAUUGAAUCUAUCAAGAACUCCAGAAGCCUGAAUGGCUUUUAAUGUUUCAUCAAAGUGAUCUCUUCAAUGAACUGACUCUAACCUCUACUAAAUUCCUUUUACUGAAUCUGUUAGUAAUGCUCUGUGUAAUUCCAUCUCAUAAAGCACAGAAUCACAUCCCUCAAUGUUUCUAUGUCGCAGUUGGAGAUGACCUGUUUUGAAACGUCUUUCUGAGAUGAUAAACUGAGUGGAUGUGAAAAUCUCAAGAAAACAGAUGCAUUGAUUCUGAAACUGUUAGCUUCUCUUGAACUUAUGCUCCUGUGUAGUCUCACUAUGUGAGUGAUUGUUCUCAACAUAAUUAAACAUGUUUCAUUUCCUUAGUA